AGAAAGAAAUAAAGAAAACAAACCAGAAGAAAAGCAAAACGAAGAAAAGCAAAGAAUAGCGAGAGCCAUAGGCAGAGCCGCUAUCUGAAAGUCGAUGCAAUAGCAACUGCUUCUCCGACGACGAUGAUAGAAACCGACCUUCACGAUUUGUCUGACGAUGCCGAUUACGCAGCCUCACAGCAGCAAGGUUCCGGAAGCAUUAUGCGGACCGAUAGCGGUCGAGGAAGCUCAUCGAGCGAACCUGAAGAAACGGAAGUUGUUUAUUCUAAAGAAAAUGUGACAAUUCAUCCUACGCAGUUUGCAUCUGAAAGGAUUAGUGGAAGAUUGAGGUUGAUCAAGCAAGGAUCGUGUCUGUUCAUUACGUGGAUUCCUUACAAAGGACAAAACUCAAAUGCAAAAUUAUCGGAGAGAGAUAAGAAUCUUUACACCAUCAGAGCAGUGCCGUUCACUGAAGUCAGGUCUAUCCGUCGCCAUACUCCAGCAUUUGGCUGGCAGUACAUUAUUGUGGUAUUGUCGUCAGGACUUGCGUUUCCACCUCUUUAUUUUUACAAUGGAGGAGUUCGGGAGUUUCUUGCUACUGUAAAGCAACAUGUUUUUCUUGUGAGGUCUGAAGAAGAUUCAAAUACGUUCCUUGUGAAUGAUUUUCAGAAUCCUCUUCAGAGAACUUUGUCUUCUUUGGAGCUGCCAAGGACUGGUCCGAUAGCCAGUGGACCAGUUUCAUCCAUUUCACUUGAUGAGUCUCCAUCAAGUGCAGACAAGAGGGCUGGUGAAGAUUUUUAUGAUGAAGGAUCCCGAAUUUCACGGUACAGUGGUAAGCAAAGACCAAAGUUUCAUGAUCCAGCACGUGACCUCCCAAUACAAAUUCUGGAAAAAUUUUCUCUUGUCACCAAAUUUGCACGAGAAACAACUUCACAACUAUUUCGUGAAAAUCAUAACAAUGGAUUUAGUGCUCCAGAGAUGAGAAUCCAAGAUCAAUCUUCUGUUGAUUCACCUCAAAGACCAUCCAAUGGUUUAGAAAAAGUUCCUAAUGUCAGUCCUGUUGUCGAAGAUCCUAUUCAGUUUGAUAAAAUGACCCUAGUGUGGGGAAAGCCUCGACAACCUCCUCUGGGAUCUGAAGAGUGGGCCACUUUCUUGGAUGCUGAGGGACGAGUUCUGGAUUCAAAAUCCUUGAGAAAGAGAAUCUUUUAUGGGGGUGUAGAGCAUAAUCUACGUAAAGAGGUAUGGGCUUUCUUGUUGGGAUACCACGCUUAUGAUUCCACGUAUGCUGAGAGGGAAUAUCUUCAAUCCAUGAAAAGAUCCGAGUAUUUGACAAUAAAGAACCAGUGGCAGAGUAUUUCCCCGGAGCAGGCAAAAAGAUUUACAAAAUUUAAAGAGAGGAAAGGCCUUAUUGAAAAAGAUGUGGUGAGGACAGACCGAUCACUUUCUUUCUUUGAUGGGGAUGAAAACCCUAAUGUGAAGCUUCUUCACGAUAUUUUAUUGACCUACUCAUUUUAUAAUUUCGAUCUUGGAUACUGUCAGGGUAUGAGUGAUUUUCUUUCACCAAUAUUGUUCGUUCUGGGUGAUGAGUCGGAGUCAUUUUGGUGUUUUGUUGCUCUAAUGGAACGCCUUGGACCAAAUUUUAAUCGUGAUCAGACUGGCAUGCAUUGUCAACUUUUUGCAAUUUCCAAGCUGGUAGAGUUGUUAGAUACCCCAUUGCAUAACUACUUCAGCCAGCAUGAUUGCUUGAAUUAUUUCUUUUGCUUCCGCUGGGUUCUCAUACAGUUCAAAAGAGAAUUUGAAUACGAAAAGGUCAUGCAUCUAUGGGAGGUAUUGUGGACUCAUUAUCUGUCUGAGCACCUGCAUCUGUACAUAUGUGUUGCAAUCUUGAAGCGCUACCGUAACAAGAUAAUGGGGGAGCAAAUGGACUUCGACACACUCUUGAAGUUUAUCAAUGAAUUGAGUGGUCACAUUGACCUUGAUGCCGCCAUCAGGGAUGCAGAGGCUUUAUGUGUGUGUGCGGGAGAGAAUGGUGCUGCUAACAUCCCUCCUGGAACCCCUCCCUCAUUGCCUCUUGAUGAUGGUUCAUAUUACAUUCAACAAGAUGAAGUCCUGUAGAGAUAUUCAUUCCGUUCCUUGUUGCUUAACAAGCCCUGGUAGUCCAAUAUAUUGGAAAACAGAGAAUCGCAUAUCUGUUAAAUAGCUUAAUUUUGUAGGAAAGUGUGGAUUUCAAAAUUUCCGGUGGUAUUAAUCUAUCAUAUUAUAUAAAUGUUCCAUGAUAUCUGAUGGGCAGGCUUUCAUAUUA